GAGGACGGCUUACAAGGAACAGAGAGCGAGAAACAGAAGAUACAGCAGGCUUAUAUGUACAGCACAAGCAAAGAAAUACAGCUCUUUGGUUCCUUUAACCACCUGCAUGUGCACUGAUAGAAAGAAUGUGCAAGUGGAAGAUUUAAAUGACAAGAUUGAAUGUGACUGUGCCGUUGCAGCCCCUCCGGCAGGCAGCCCAUUCACAAACAGCGGACCGCUUCAAGCGCUUUGACAGGGGAGCAGAUGAGGAAAUUCUGAGUGACACUUCUCUUGCGUGGAAUUUUUCAUCUUGUUUUCAAUCUCGCUUGUUUUCUGGAGACCAAUCUUGGCUGUGGUCCAGUUCAUCAGGCUGAGCUGAGGAAGCUGAAAAAAGCCGGGAAGAUAUGCGAAGGAAAAGCAGACAAGUAAUCAGCGAGAGUGCAGCGUCUGUUUGCACCUGCCACUGAAAAGACAGCUCUGCCAGCACGGCUUUUGUCGUCCGCUUGCUUGCCUUCCUGGCGAAUGAGAGAGGGAGGCCUCUCGGCCGAGGGGAAUGGAAUCCAGCCAUGCGGCUCUGACUGGAGUUGUUGUUUGCCUUGUGCUGUCAGUGGGCAGCCAGUGCCUGCAUUCUCCUCCUGCUGCUGCUACCGACUGUUUCCAGAUCAUCUCCAGUGUGUAGGCUGAAAAUAUUCUCUGCUUGCUUCCGCCCUUCCACUUUUAGCCACUCUUCGGUUGAAGCAAGUGAUAACAACUUUAUUGCUCGAAUCAAGCUACAAGAUGAAUGCUUUCACCAAGUGUUAAACGUAACUUGAUCAAUUCAGUGCAGGUUUUUUUGCGCCUAACACUGAUUCUGCAUCUCUGGAGAACUGCGCUGCCCUGAAUAUUUUUCUAUUUUCAUCCCCCGAGGUGCCAUUUUUAUCAUUAUCUGUCUGCCGGUUAUGCAGAGACUGUAGUUUCCAUAGAAAUGAAGAUAUCCGGGAAUCUCUGGAGACUAAGAGCGUUAGAAUAAGGUGAAGGAGAGGCACAGGUUGUGUUUUCUUAAGCCCCCCGAGUGAAAAGAUGUUCUGAUUUGUUGUAGAGGUCACCUGUUCUGAAUGGAUGAAUGAAGAAUGAGUUUAAGAAAGACGCAUAUUUCCCAGCCAUUCCGUACUUUCAAGGAAGCAAAGAUACAGAGACAGGCUGUUCUGAACUCUUCUUUCUCUGAACUGCCAGAUGCAAACACUGAACUGAGAAGAAGAAUGUGAGCCAUGUGUUGAAUUUCUCCUUCAGUGCCCUGAGGUUGAACUGUGCUCUUGAAUUUUUUCAAAUUUUGGAAUACCUUUUGUGACUCUGUCAAAUAGUGAAUUAUUUCCCCCAUGAAUGUCUGGUGCUGUACAGAAAGAAAAGUUACCAACAAUAGUGUUGUAGCUUUUGUGAAAGGUUGUUCUAUAGUCAUUUGCUAAUCUCAUAGGAUGAUCGCAUCAGUGUUUUGCUGGGGAUGAGAAUGACAUCAGCAAAGAGCGAAUUCCCAGCACUACUACCCAAAGCCGGGUCUCUGUCAGAUCAUUUGUGCCUCAUGGAGUGCUGUUAAUUCUCGAGGAAAGGACUCUAUCCUUGAUUUGGAAACUGGGACAGCUUCACUAAAGUUUGGGAUCCAGAUAUAAGACAGAAAAAUGGAUGACUCCAGUAUAUUAAGGCGAAGAGGCCUUCAGAAGGAGCUGAGUCUUCCUAGAAGAGGCAGUUUCUGUCGGACGAGCAACCGAAAAAGUUUGAUAGUGACAUCCAGCACGUCUCCAACGCUGCCUCGACCCCAUUCACCACUGCACGGGCAUCCAGGAAGCAGCCCAUUGGACAGCCCUCGCAAUUUCUCCCCCAACACUGCAGCCCACUUCUCUUUUGUACCAGCUCGAAGCCAUGGACACAGGGCUGACAGGACUGACGGUCGUCGCUGGUCUCUCGCCUCUCUGCCGUCCUCUGGCUAUGGAACAAACACCCCCAGUUCGACAGUCUCGUCAUCAUGUUCAUCUCAGGAGAAGCUGCACCAGUUGCCCUUCCAGCCCACUGCAGACGAGCUGCAUUUCCUCACCAAACACUUCAGCUCGGAGAGCAUCACGGAUGAGGAUGGGAGACGAUCCCCAGCCAUGCGUCCGCGCUCCCGCAGUCUCAGCCCUGGACGGUCACCAAUAUCAUUUGACCAUGAGAUUGUCAUGAUGAACCAUGUCUACAAGGAGCGUUUUCCUAAGGCCACUGCUCAGAUGGAGGUGCGUCUGGCCGAUUUCAUAUCCUCCUCAGCUCCAGAAAAAGUCAUGCCUUUAGCUGAUGGCGUCCUGAGCUUCAUCCACCACCAGGUUAUCGAACUGUCUCGAGAUUGUCUGGACAAAUCUCGUGAGGGUCUCAUCACCUCCCGCUACUUCUAUGAGCUACAAGAGAACCUUGAAAAGCUACACCAGGAUGCUCAUGAGCGUUCAGAAAGUGGGGAGGUGACAUUUGUCACCCAGCUAGUUAAAAAGCUGAUGAUAAUCAUCGCUCGGCCUGCCCGGCUGCUAGAAUGUUUGGAGUUUGACCCGGAGGAGUUCUACCACCUGUUAGAGGCAGCUGAAGGUCAUGCUAAAGAAGGUCAAGGCAUCAAGUCUGACAUCCCUCGAUACAUCAUCAGCCAGCUGGGCCUCACCAGGGACCCCCUUGAGGAAAUGGCCCAGCUGAGCAGCUAUGACAGCGGUAACCCUGAAACACCAGAGACAGAGACAGAUUCCACAGAUAGUCGAGGAGCAACCGUACAGCCACUCCAACCUCAGCCUCAACCGCAGCCCAAGACUAAAACACCUCGCGAGGAAGACUUCGAGACCAUUAAACUCAUCAGUAAUGGAGCCUAUGGGGCUGUGUUUCUGGUGAGGCAUAAAGAGACCCGUCAGCGAUUUGCCAUGAAGAAGAUCAACAAGCAGAACCUGAUCCUAAGAAACCAGAUCCAGCAGGCCUUUGUGGAAAGAGACAUCUUGACAUUUGCAGAAAACCCUUUUGUUGUCAGCAUGUUCUGCUCCUUUGAGACAAGGAGACAUCUUUGCAUGGUUAUGGAGUAUGUGGAGGGUGGGGAUUGUGCCACUCUCCUGAAGCACAUUGGAGCUCUGCCUGUGGAUAUGGCACGCAUGUACUUUGCUGAAACCGUUCUUGCAUUGGAAUACCUUCACAACUAUGGUAUUGUGCACAGAGACCUCAAACCUGACAAUCUCCUGAUUACCUCAAUGGGACACGUCAAACUGACUGACUUUGGCCUGUCCAAGAUUGGUUUAAUGAGCUUAACAACUAAUCUGUAUGAGGGCCACAUUGAAAAAGAUACUCGAGAAUUCUUGGACAAACAGGUGUGUGGUACUCCUGAAUACAUUGCUCCUGAGGUUAUUCUGCGACAGGGUUAUGGAAAACCAGUUGACUGGUGGGCCAUGGGAGUCAUCUUGUAUGAGUUUCUGGUGGGCUGUGCUCCUUUCUUUGGAGAUACACCUGAAGAACUGUUUGGACAAGUCAUCAGUGAUGAGAUAAUCUGGCCAGAAGGUGAUGAAGCUUUGCCUCCGGAUGCUCAAGAUCUCAUCUCCAAACUUCUUCGGCAAAACCCUCUAGAGCGUCUUGGGACAGGGAGUGCGUUUGAGGUAAAACAGCACCGCUUCUUUACUGAUCUGGACUGGAACAGCCUCCUGAGGCAGAAGGCUGAGUUCAUUCCUCAGCUGGAGUCGGAGGAUGACACUAGCUACUUUGACACACGCUCAGAUCGUUAUCAUCAUGUGGACUCAGAGGAAGAAGAUGACACAAAUGAUGACGACCAUUUGGAGAUCCGUCAGUUCUCCUCCUGUUCGCCACGAUUCAGCAAGGUGUAUAGUAGUAUGGAGCGUCUUUCCUUGCAUGAGGAGAAACGCACCCCUCCUCCUACUAAGCGCAGUCUGAGUGAAGAGGGAGGAGAGCGGAUCGACAGUCUAAGUGGCCUAAAGUCCAGAGACCGAAGCUGGUUGGUGGGCUCACCUGAAAUUCUCAGAAAGCGUCUCUCUGUUUCCGAGUCUUCUCACACCGAGAGUGACUCGAGUCCACCUCUGACUGUUCGUCGCCGCUGCUGCUCGGCCAUCAUUGAAAUGCCUCGCUUCGCCAUAUCCAGUGAAGAGGAUAGCUGUGUGGGGAGCAGGAAGACCCCUGUGAGAGGCCCUCGAGGGGAUGAUCUGCCUCAGGCCAUACCAGAGCUCCCUGUAGAGAGAGAGCUCAGGCUGGAUGAAUCGCCCACCACGCCAGGAUCCACUUCCAGUCAAAUCAGCCAGUCCACACUCACACCUGGUAGUUCUGGUGAUGUGUUAGAUCGUGCUUCUCGCUAUAGUGCUGAAGUUUCUGAAAACUCCACUCCAAGAGCCAUCAGUGAUUUGGCGGCUCGAAGAGCUCGCCACAGACUGCUUUCAGGAGAUACAGAUAAACACACAUCACGUCCACUUAGCAAAGUCAUCAAAUCAGCUUCAGCAACAACCCUGUCACUCAUGAUCCCUGCUGAUCACCAUGGUGCUUCUCCACUGGCCAGUCCCAUGUCGCCUCACUCUCUCUCUUCGAACCCCUCAUCACGUGACUCCUCGCCCAGCCGUGACCUUUCCCCAGCUGUCUGUAGUGUUAAACCUGCCAUAAUCAUCCAUCGAGCUGGAAAGAAAUAUGGUUUUACUUUACGUGCAAUCCGGGUUUACAUGGGAGACACAGACAUAUAUACUGUCCAUCACAUGGUCUGGCAUGUGGAGGAUGGAGGACCUGCUCAUGAGGCUGGACUGAGAGAGGGAGAUCUCAUCACACAUGUUAACGGAGAGCCUGUCCAUGGACUUGUGCACACAGAAGUUGUUGAGCUCAUUCUUAAGAGUGGCAGUAAGGUGUCCAUCUCUGCUACACCCUUUGAAAAUACAUCAAUUAAGGUUGGUCCUGCUCGCAAAACUAGCUACAAGUCCAAAAUGGCCCGUCGCAACAAAAGAACCAAAACUAGAGAAGGACAAGACAGUAAGAAGAGGAAUUCCCUCUUCCGUAAGAUCACCAAACAGGCGACCCUUCUUCACACCAGUCGCAGCCUGUCCUCUCUGAAUCGCUCGGUCUCUUCUGGUGAGAGCGUCCCAGGCUCUCCUACACACAUGUCACCUCGUUCACCCACACAGGGCUGUCGUUCAACACCUGACUCCGCCCACUCAGUUGGUGGAAACUCAUCCCAAAGUAGCUCGCCUAGCUCCAGUGUGCCAAACUCUCCUGCCAGCUCUGGCCAGAUCAGACCCAGCUCCUUGCAUGGUCUGGCCCCCAAGCUGCAGCGCCAGUACCGAUCCCCCCGCCGGAAGUCUGCAGGCAACAUCCCUUUAUCCCCUCUGGCCCGUACACCAUCGCCCACUCCACAGAGCACUUCUCCCCAGCGUUCCCCUUCUCCCCUGCCAAGCCACGGGCUCAUCACUUCUUCAAUAGGCCAGUCUUUUCCUGUCAAACUGCACUCUUCACCUCCAUUAGUAAGACAGAUAUCUCGGCCAAAGAGUGCAGACCCUCCUCGCUCUCCUCUGCUCAAACGAGUCCAGUCCGCAGAGAAACUCGCCGCCUCUCUUUCUUCUUCAUCCUCCUCUCCUUCUCCCUCUUCGGCUGCUGAUAAAAAGCUUCCAGUUGGUGCCAGCCGCAAACACAGUCUUGAUACCUCACAUUCAGAGUUUAAAAAAGAGAUGCUGCAGCGAGACCCUAGUCUACAGAGCCUGCAAGAGUCAGCCAGUGAGACUCUUAUGGGAGGAAGAGUGUCUCCUGCAGAAAAGGGAAGCCUGCAGAAAAGUUCAGUGCGUAAACUGGGCAGGCAAGAAGGUCCCGAGUCUGGAACAGGAACUCUGGGACUUGUUCCUGGAAAGAGUAAAUUGAAAGACAAGCUGUCUGCCAUACGUGCUGAACGCCGCGAAUCUCUUCAAAAGCAGGAUGCCAUCCAUGAAGUGGAUUCAUCUGAAGAUGAGACAGACGAAGGGUCGGAAGACAGCCAAGAUGGGCGCAGAACUUGCUAUGCUCCUCCUAGCCAUGUCUUGAGGCCUACAACUGUAAUGGCCUCUCCCCAUACCAUCAGAAUGGGGCCAGCGGCUCCACCAACACUGGGACUUUUUCCUUCAACAGUUGCACCGCCAUGCUCACCUCAGCUCAUCAGAGGACUGCAGAUACAAAACCAAAGUACCACUCAAUCUCAGACACAAACUUCAACCUCACAACCAGCGCAAGCUGCAGUUAAACCCCCAGAACAGAAACCAAUAACCUCUGUUAAAGACUCAAGUUCAACGAUAAUUGAUGAUUCGAAAAAACAGUCACAGGCACAAGACAUUCAGUCCAGACCUUCUCCACAUCAACCCAGUCCUCUGUCUAGUACCUUUUCCACCCAAGGCAGCGCCUUUACCUCUGUUAGUAAAGACCCAUUUGUCAAGCCCACCACACCUCCAUUGGAUCCCCGGAGGACCCCAAAAAUGUCUGAGCCAAGGUCAAAAACCAGUGGUAGAACUGAUUCUAGCACUACUUCUGGAGUAGCCAGGGAUACCCCAGUUGCGACUACCCCAACAGGAGGAAUCACUAAGGAGAUGAAGGAGGCUGACAAUCGCAGACAGGCUGCAGCUGCUGCUGCUGCCUCUGCCGCCGCUGCUACCACCUCUGCAUCCACUGCCUCUGAAAGUGGAAUGGAUAAAGUUGUGUCUCAGCUCGCCACUGUGGCCAAGAGUGUGCUUGGACCUGUCAAGCUCAAUAUCCCAGGUACUAAAGAGACCAUGGAACGAACAAAGGACCAGCGUACCCAGGCAGAUGCCACCCACCCAAAGAUAAAAGAAUGUCGCCUGGAGCACCCUGAUUCUCCUGACCAAUUGAGUCCAUCUGCUGCUUCGGGCUCCCAGUCUCCACGACUGACUGAAUCUCCAUCUAAACAAACAUCAUCCAAAUCUGAGCCAGCCUCAACUUCUCAGAGACCUUUAGAGGUCCCAGGGACUUUCAAAAGACAAACUUCUCCAAUCCCUCAAGCUAGGGAAGAGCAUCAGGAUAGGUCAGGAACUCUGCAAAGUGGCACCACAUCAAGGCCUAGGUCUGAAGCACAAUCACAGACCCAGCAGGCAAAGCCCAGUUCCACUACGUCACGAGAUAAAUCCAACAAGACAACGUAGCAGCCUUGCAGAAGACCCAGCUUUAAUUGAACAUGCCUAUUAACAGACAAAUACAUAUUGUAACGCAAGGCUGUUGUGUUGCUUAAUGUCAAUAUCCCUGUGAAAAGAUUGUGGAAGAGAGAUGAUGUUUACAGGCGAGCCCAACAGCUUUAUUUCAGAAGGUUUUAUGCUCUGCCAUUCAUAAAUAAUUGAGGCUGUGUUAUUUUUUUGUUUUGCUUUUCUUGCUUUUCCUUUUUAACAAUUUUUUUUCUCAGCAGCCACAAAAACUAGAAAUAAUGUGUAGUUCUGCCCUCUGAGAGAAAGAGAGAGAGAGAGAGAGAGAGAGAGAGCGCAACCACAUCCACUAUAACAGUGUAUUACCUCUUCAUAUUGUCUUUAUGUUACUUUAAGAAUCUUUUAUUGUAGUAGGUAUAGUUGUGCCUUAAAGCUCCACCUCACACUUUCACUUGUAUUUCUUUCUGCCUAUUCAUCUUUGGAAGAAGACAUAUUGCAGCAAUAAGAGUAGCGUAUCUGGAGCAAUUUAUACAAACACACAGUUGAUUGCAUCACACCUGUAGUAUAAGAAAACCAAACUGUUUCCAUUUUUUUUCCACUUGCACUCAUCUCAGCUUUCAGUUGUGUUGAUAAGCUGAGAUGUAAGUCUAUGAAAAUCAACUUGAAAUGUUCACAGCCAUCACCAAUGUUGAGACUGAAACUGACAUUGGUAUCGCUGCUGUAAAUUGGGAGAAUGACGGCCAUUAAGUGCACAAACGACAUCUUUACAUGUUGCUCAGUGCUCGGAAUUCAAAGAUGUUGUUAAAAAUGAUUUGGAAUUACUCUUUAUGUGAACUUUGGCCAUCAUUCACAUCUCACUAAAGUGAUGUAGCUACAAGCUACACAGUUUUACCUUUUCAGUUUCAGUUUCAUCUAUUGUUAAACAUUUCGAAAGGACCAUUUUAUUCCUUACUCGGAUUGCAUAUUUUAUUUUCCCUCAUUUUAAUAUCUGGACCAAUUUGCUGAUGUCUCUGUAUAUCUGUUUGCCUCGUUGUUUUUAUUUCAGCAGACUUGUGUCUGGAGUGUGUGUGUGAAUGCCUGUGUACAGAAGCAUGGUUGAGUGUGUGUGUGUGUGUGUGUGUGUGUUCUUAUAUAAUGCAUAUUUAAAAAAGUCUGUUCUUUAAUUGUUUUAUGCCCUAAACAAUGGGAGUGUGUAUUUGAUUGGUGUCCUACAUUGGCCAUAUCAGCUCUGUCUGAUUCAGCCCUUUUAAUGUAUUUGCACAAACUCUUUUUUUAUUUUGUGUGUCACUAAUAUGAAAACCAAUAAAUACAGUAUCCAAUUAGAUCCCAGACUUGGUUUGGGGUCUUGAGGGGUUUGACCAGUAAGUGAGACUGUGGUACGUUGUCAUAUUCUCUUGACAUAAAACUGUGUUAACACCAUAAUGUAUUGAAAGUCUAACCUGUGGAACUUUGUUUUAACCACAUUUUGCAUUUUUAAUCAAAGCCAAUAGUCUCUGUUGUGUUUCUGCUCAGUUUACCGUUUGAUUUGUGUGUAUUGUUUUAAAUUCAACACUUGCCCGUUCUUUAAGAUCAAAAACGUCUAUUUCCAAUACUACUUCCGUGUCUUUGCUCAAGUGUUUUUAGUUUGGGCUUUAUGACUGACGUCACAUGAUGAUGGUAUGUACAGUUACACUAUAACCUAAUUCAUGUUUUGUCCAUAUGAAAUGUGAAUGGAUGUCUUGCACAUUUACACUUCUUUAGGGAAUGGAGCUGUUGAUAGCAUUGCCGCCUGAAGCUUAAUUCCUGAUGAACCUAACUAAACUGGGCACUAUGAACCGUGGAGAUAACUGCACUUGUAACGGAAAUGGCAUUUGGAUGAAGUUGAAAUGCAUCUGUGGGCUGUCAGGUUUAAUAUACUGCAGUAUUUUCCGUGUUGUGUGUGGAGAACCCCCAGCAAACAUUUUUUGCUUUUAAGAGAUGUCUAAUAGACGUCUAAACAUGGUCGUCUUGUCUAAAACAAGUCUAAAUUUGGGCUGUUUGUGAAAAUCGCCUAAGAAUAGGCCAAAACUGGUCGUCAAAUAAACAGAAAUGAAUGACUACACUUAUAAGGUCUGUCUAUUUGAUGACUGGUCUAGUUUUAGGCUAUACUUAGCUGUCUAUUAGAUUUUCACUGACAGCCCAAGUUUAACCUUGUUUUUUUAGCCAAACUAUCUGUUUGGAUGUCUAUUAGAUGUCUAUUAAACACAAAAUUGUUUGCUAGGCAUUGAUCAGUGUUACAUCCCAGUGGCAGAGACACAAAUGACACAAAUGACACAAAUUCAUUAAGCAACACCGUUACGCCCAACAACAGAUGACCUGCAACUGAAUUCCACUCCAAAGUUCCCAUUUUCAAACCCAGAAAACCUAAAUCUCCACUUGAAAAUCGAAGGGCUCAUAGAAACUGCCCUUAAAUGUUUACAUGCGGGAACAUUUGUAAACUUCACACUAGUGCGUUAUGUCUAAAUAAUGUAUUAUGUAGUGCGAGUGCUACGGCACAUUUUGUAGCUUAGAUGAGGGAAGACAAUGCAUUUAUUAUAAGAUUUAACAGGGUGUAAAGAAUUGUUCACUUGACAAGCCUAGGUUUUUGUUCCUCCUGAUUUACAUGUACUCAUUAAUGCGUCUCAUUUACCCAUUUUGCUUUUAAAGGAACACUCCACUUUGUUGUUAAAAAGCUCCUUUAAUGAGUCCCUAAACAGCUAAGUUUGACCAUUUUUGAAGUCAUUCAGCCAAGCUCUGGCCCAUGCGGAAGCACUUUUAGCUUAGCUUAGCAUAAAUCAUUCGAUUAGAUUAGACCAUUAGCAACUUUCUAAUUUUGACUCUUGUGUAAUUAUAUUGUUUAUAAUGUCCAACGGAAAAUAGAAAGGCUAUGAACUAUACAUUCAUUCAAAGUAAUGAUCAAGGAACUUUUGCAGCAACAGCGGACACCAUGAUAUGCAGCACUGUUACCUACACUGAAAAAAAAAAUGAUUCAGAGAUGAUUCCUUGGAUUUAAGCGGUUGUAAACAAUUUAUUUGGGUUGAAUUUAAACAAACAAAUUAGGUCGAACAUUACUAAAUAGAAUUUGUUUAAAUUGAAUUUGUCUAAUUAAAUUAAUUAUAGAUAAUUUUUUUCAGUGUAUCUGGGUAGUCACCUGCUUAUCAAAACUCCUUUAUUAUUUUGAGGAACAUGCUAAUGGUCUAAUUUGAUUCAAUGAUUUAUGCUAAGCUAAGCUAAAAGUGCCUGCUGCUAAAGCCUGAAUUGAUUAAAAAUUGCAAAGCUCGACUACUUAACUCUAGGGGAGUUGUAAAAUGAAAAAGGUGAAUGUUCCUUUAAUCAGAAUAAAAAGAAAACAGCAAUUUCCUGCAGCACAUUUGUACUCUAAAUGUGUUAAAUUCACCUCAGCUCCCUUUUCUAAAGUCGUGGGCUGUGAAAGUGAGCGCUAACUGCCUUCUCGUGUACGUGAUAGGGAUGACGAUGAUAAUGGUAGGGCUGUUUGUCAAGGUGUGAAUAAGUCGGGUGUCAGAAUGCCUGCGGUGGUCAUCCAUCAAUGUCCUGCAGCCACAUGCGCCACCAUGCGCGCACUAGUGAAAUGUAAUCUUGCACACCGUCUUGAGCAAAUUCACCCGUCACCUCUCACCUGUGGUUCAGCUCGGCUCUUUAUGAAUGAAAACCUAUGGAGCACACAUUUACCCACUUUAAACACACAUAUAGUCUUAUGACCAACCACCACCCUCUAACAUCCAUGAUGGAUCACUUUUGUGUAAAUAUUUUUAAAUCUAGUGUUCUGAGUGUCUUUAAUAUGAAAAGAAUUGGAGUUAUUUGGUGUGCAAUGGCCACUGCCUUAGACAUGACGCGUAGAUGGAACAAUGACUCAAUAUUAUGUGUGUUUUAAGAUUUGACACUCAGUUGAAAAGGAUUCGAUGGAGAUCUGGGGGUGUUAUGGAUAUAGGACACUGUCGAUGUGUCCAGGACUAUAUGUGGUUGUACAGAUUAAAGUGAAAAGAAAUGGGCAAAGAAAAAAACCUGCUAGUUAAACCAGUGCAAUAUCUUGCAAUUUUAUAUUGUGGUAAGACGCAUGUUUGUUGUUAAUCCUACCUUAUGAAUAAUAAAGAUUUUUUUUAAGUAA